AGCGCGCUCCUUCGCACCACCCCAUCCAACACCCAACGUGGGAGCAACAUCAUCAGCGUGCCCCAAAGAUGGACCAAAAUCAACGGAACAAACCUACCCCGGAGGUAAAUCUGUGCCGGUUCUGUUUGCGCCCCAAACGCACCAUGUGGCCACUCAAAACUCUGUACCGGAAGGAUGGCGACUUUUUGCACAAAAUCUACCAAUGCAGCCACAUUAAUAUCAUCGACAUGAACGAACUGUUCACGUGGGUUUGUCGCUCCUGUCGGCAAAACAUCGAAAAGUUCUCCGCCUUCCAGAACAUGCUGCACAAGAAUUUGGCCACGUUUGAGUCGCGCUUCCGCGAGGAACAGCAGCUCAACGGCAACUGGAAUGAUGACCCGCAACAGCAGCAGCGUCAGGUGGUGAACGUGCGGUUCGGGGACCUCGAGGACGACAACGGUGAUGAUCUGUCCGAUUUGGACCAUUUUGAGGCUGGUCAGCCGGCUAGCUUGGCCAGCAGUGACAGCGGAAAUCAGUCGGAGGAUUCACAGCUGCCAGAAGAUUGCGCACUCGGCGACUCGCGAAAAGGAUUGAGGAUUGAAUGAGGAUUUUGUUACGCUUUCUUCGAUUUUAACCCAUCGACUGCAACGAGUUGUUCCUUCUUUUAUUCAUGUUACAAUAAAGUUGAAUUAUUCUGUUUAUUUAUGAUAAAUUCCAAA